UCCGUGUACAACGCCUAGCGGCUAACGUCCGCCCCAAUCCAAUUAGCCCCGUCUGCUCUGCGGCGCCUCGAAUGGAAGCGCUCGCUAUAGGAUCCGCCCCUCCCCGGCCGGGCCUCGCAGUCCCGACCCGCCACUCCCACCUCCGCCGCCCCAGAACCCUGGCCGCGGCCGCGUGCCGCCCCCUCGCCGCAGCUCCCAUGGACGACGCCGCCGCUGGUCGCCCCGGGCCCUCCCCUCUCCGCUGCACCCGCGCCGAGACGGACUCGGAGGUGGAUGAGAUCGCGACGAGCUCGCAGGCCGCGGGCUCCGCUGGCGCCACGGAGCAGGGGGGCAACGGAGGCCCCGUGGCGGAUGCUUCCACAGCCGGCGCCUCCACCGAAAUCGCGGGCGUCGACGGGAUAAGGAUCCGGCGGCGCCCUGUGACGGGGCCGGCGGUGCACUACGUUGGCCCCUUCCAGUUCCGCCUCGAGAACGAGGGGAACACGCCGCGGAACAUCCUCGAGAGGAUCGUCUGGGACAAGGAAGCCGAGGUUUCGCAGAUGAAGGAGAGGAGACCCCUGUACAUGUUGAAGGGGCCACUGGAGGCUGCUCCUCCGGCGAGGGACUUCGUUGGGGCGCUCAAGGCGUCGUAUGAUCGGACUGGUCUGCCUGCUCUGAUUGCGGAGGUCAAAAAGGCUUCACCCAGCCGGGGUGUUCUCAGGGAGGAUUUCGAUCCGGUUCAGAUCGCUCAAGCAUACGAGAAAAAUGGAGCAGCAUGCCUUAGUGUUCUUACAGAUAAAAAAUACUUUCAGGGAAGUUUUGACUACUUGGAGGCUAUCCGCAAUGCUGGAGUCAAGUGCCCUCUUCUGUGCAAAGAGUUCAUUGUUGAUGCCUGGCAACUUUACUAUGCACGGUCCAAGGGUGCAGAUGCUGUUCUUCUGAUUGCGGCUGUAUUACCUAACAUUGAUAUAAAGUAUAUGUUGAAAAUUUGCAAAAUACUUGGCAUGGCUGCUUUAGUUGAGGUGCAUGAUGAAAUGGAAAUGGACCGUAUUUUAGGGAUCGAUGGUGUACAGCUCAUUGGCAUCAAUAACCGUAAUCUUGAGACGUUUGAAGUUGAUAUUGCAAACACAAAAAAGCUUCUGGAGGGUGAACGAGGACAAAUUAUAGCUCAGAAGGAUGUAAUUGUUGUAGGAGAAUCUGGGCUGUUCACUCCUGAUCAUAUUUCGUUCGUUCAAAAUGCUGGGGUCAAAGCGGUUCUGGUUGGGGAGUCCCUCAUCAAGCAGGAGGAUCCAGGGAAAGCAGUCGCUGGGCUUUUCGGUAAAGAUAUCUCGCACGCGGGUACUGCUUAAAGACGCAGAAGAGCCGAUCGAAUAGGCGAGAAACGCAACGCUGGAUCGCAUCAUUGUGGAUAGGGAAAAGUUGGAGCAAUCCGCUCUUUUGGAGAGCUUUGGUCGACCGUUUUGUUUACCUGAUCAGCGACUUCUCCAUACUGCUGUUUUUUUUUGUGACCUAACCUUCUCGAGCAAAUAAAUACAUAUUACAAUGCGCAAGAUAUGAUCGAAUAAGUUGGAUGUAAUUGCAAGCAGCUUUGAUUUUGCCUA